AACAUUGAAGCAUUGAGAAAUGAUUAACACGCCACUUCAAUCAGAAGCACACAAACAACCAUGAAGGACGCAUUGUAAGAGAUAAAUUAGUCCGUGCAGAGAUAGCACACGCCAUCACGGCAUAGUUCGUAGAUGUAUUGGCCGGCCUCCACCCCUCCCCAGGGUUUAGUGAACGAUAUCUUGCGGCCGAGGAGAACUGGGAGAAAGCUCUAGCUAGUUAAUUGAUCGAGAAGGCGAGAACAUUGCCUACGAAGUGGUAGAGGUUUGUCUCAAUAUUAGUGGACUCUUACGCUCGCUUCUCAGCAUUUUUCGAGACACUUCCAUUGUUUCUCUUCUUUUGGGACUGAUAGUUUUUGCAGGGUAAUCCAGCACAGAAUUGGCACCCGGCCAGAUCGCAAUCUUUCGGAUGCUGUGGACGCCCGCCAGAGGUGCUUCCUUCACUCGCUUUCAGACAAGGACCGCUUUGUUCUUCCAUUUGACGAGCCAUUCUUAGCUAUGGCCCGUACCAGAUACUGGCAAGUUCAUCCUGAAGGUUUUUGGACCAUAAACUGCGUGUACAGCUCGGAGAACGAUGGAGCGUCCUUCAAAUGGGCGUAAGUCGUAGCUUGCUUAGUUUCCACGUUUCGCAGGCGUGGCCAUCUCUUCGACUAUGUACCCGCCGUUGCCAUAUAUGAAAUGUGCGUGGAAGAGCCUCUUGCUACGGUUAAAUUAUCUUCCUUUCAUCAUUCGUACACGCUCGAAAGAUUACCUUGGGUCUCAGGAGACAAUGAAGGCCGCGGAAGAGCUCUACCAACAAGGAUUCAUCCGCUAUCCCCGGGCUCAGUCAGAUUACUUUUCGGAGAGCACUGCUCUUCGAGUGUGUGUUGCAUAGGUUCCUAGUCACCUUGAGCUGAUAUCGACAAAGCUCACCCGCCUGUAGUUCUACAGAGGGAUGCUUGCAUUGCAAAGCUCCUUGAGAAUUUUUAACUUGGAAACUUUGGAAAACUGAGAUAGUAAUGGCUGCUUUACAAAAUCCUCCAGAAACACUUUGGACCAGGAAAACAUUUACGAAGCAGGAACAACACCAGGACAUAGCGGUGCUGAUAAAUGCCUUGAAGCAGUGCAGACGUUCAAAGGACCUGGAGAAGGGACGGAAAAUUCAUGCAGAAGCAAUCGAAAGCGGCAGCAUCUCGAACAUUUACGUGUCAAACACUCUGAUCGACUUCUAUGCAAAGUGUGGGAGCAUGAACGAAGCUCGCAGUGUGUUCGACAAGCUGCAAGCCCGCGAAGUGGUGUCCUGGAAUACUCUAGUGAUGGGCUACGUGCGAAACGGACAGAGUGACCUCGGCUUGGAUUUAUUUUCAGCCAUGCUGGCCGAGGGCUGUGCUCCAAACGGCAGAACUUUCGUUGCUGCGCUCAAGGCUUGUCUCGGUCUGGCUGAGAACGAAGACGGCAAGAAGAUCGACGGCAAAUGGAUGAAGGCUAGAUCUCUGGAGCAAGUAAUGGCACUUCAUGUCCUGGCUGUGAAUUACGGGUGCGAGCUCGAACUUUUCGUGGCAAGCAGCCUGGUUGACGUUUAUGCCAAGUGCGGGGCCUUGCGAGAUGCUCAAAGAGUUUUCGACAGGAUGAAGUUUCGUGGGGUAGUUUCAUGGACUGCUUUGAUGCUCGGGUACAUUGAAAGCGGGAAAUCCGAAGUUGCCAUGAAGCUAUUUCCUGGCUUGCUAGCACAGGGGUGUGGGACUGAUGCUCGGGCUCUUGUUGCGGUGCUGAAAGCCUGCACCAAUGUUGCUGCUCAAGAGGAAGGAACAAAAGCUGGCGAUGGCAAGGUCGUGAAGUUGGUUCUUUUGGAAAGAGGCAUGGCUAUACACAGAAAGGUUUUGAGGAGUGGCACCUUGGAUAUCUUCGUCCUCAACACGCUUGUGGACUUGUACGCUUCGUGUGGGAGCAUGGUGGACGCUCAGAGAGUCUUCGAUACAAUGCCUCGACGUGAUGCCGUGUCCUGGAACGUUUUGAUGCUGGGCUACGUGCAAAACCAGGAGUUUGCUGCCGCUCUCAGCGUGUUCUCGCUCAUGAUGCAAUCCCGGGACAGCACUCCAAACUACUUGACGUUUGUCGCUGGAUUGAAGGCUUGUGGGAAGUUGAUGGUUUCGGAGACUGGAAGACGAGUUCAUGCGGAGCUUUGCAGGCGUGGCCUGGAGAACGAUGCGGUUCUAGCAGCUUCACUGGUGGACUUUUAUGGGAAGUCCGGAAGAAUGGUGGAUGCGGAGGUUGUGUUUGAUGCUACCGUGAAAAGGGAUGUUGUGACAUGGACUGCUCUAGCAGUGGGCUACUGCCGGCAAGGAAACACCAAGCAAGUUCUUGAGAUCUUCCACAGAAUGCAAGAGAAAGGACUACAGCCUGACGGGAUAAUGUUUCUCUCCAUCUUGACUGCGUGUAGUCACGCUGGUAUGGUAAAUGAGGCUAAGCUCCUUUUUGAAGUGAUGCGGUCGAAGUAUGGGGUCAGCCCGGACAUUGAGCACUACCACUGUAUGGCAGAUCUAUUGGGACGUGUAAGCCAAGUCGACGAAGCGGUGGAUGUGGUAAAAACCAUGCCCUUUAGAGCGAAUGUUGUUACGUGGACCACGGUGCUGGGUGCUUGCCGGAAGUAAAUUUCACUUGCGUUAUGUGAUUUUGACGUGGAGAUUACCGUCAUGCAGAGUUCUUUUUAUCAGCAAAGGAAGGUAUUCCUUCGGGUCUCCAAAGAGAAGCGAGGGACAUACUUAUCCAAUUAUCUAAGUGAGCUACUCGUCAAGCCAAGGUCAAAAAGGUGCUAGAGAAACAAUCAGGUUUCUGAAAUGUGGAGAGGAGUGGUUUCAGCUAUGAGCUUUUGAGUUUUCCGUGAUUAACUGGAGCACUUUAGUCGUGCUAGCAGCAAACCCGCACAGGAGAAGCUGAAGGCCUUUAGAAGCAUUUCCCAUAUGAAAACCUAUGGAAGUAUGGGGAGUGUUUGACAAGGUAGAACACGAUGUGAUCUCAUGAAUAGAGUAUGCUCAGAAUACACAGCCUGGAGUUAUUUGCAACAAUGGCUUUCCAACAGCAUUCAGCCAAAACUCGCUGAGCGUCCGCUGUUGAGAAGAGUAUUUAGCUCUCCCUUGAGAAGCCUUCACAGGCCAAGCUUCUGUGAACUCCUGUUUCUCUGCUAGCCAUGCACGGUCAUAGUGAGCAGAUUUUAACAAGCCUUCCUCAGGUGUUGGUUUAUUUAUCAGCUGAAUGUGACUUCAGUAGUCUAGCUUUUGAGUC